GCGUUAGGGAGAUUAGGCAUAAGAGAGUGAAAGAGAAUCGUGAGCGUUGAGCGAUGAAGUCAAACUAAAACGCUGUGUCGUCUUGUUCCCAAUGGACGGCGACGGAGCGGCGAAAGCCAAGGCUGCAGCUGUUGUUUCUCUGUGGCUUCAGGGUUUCGGAGAGGCCUGCUGCCUCCACCGCGUCCUCCUCCUCUGUCUCCGCUCCCGCCCCCUCCUCCGCCGUACCGGCCAGUGCUUCCUCUUCAACGGCUUCAUCUUCUUAGGAAGUAUAUUCGUUCUGAACUCUGUUGUCAUCCCUGCCUUGUGGUGGAUUCUCCCUGAUCAAUGCUCGCUCCUUCUUUCUCAUCAACUCUGUCCCUUACGUGGCACUCUCAUAUUCUAUUCAAUCUUGCGUGUUCUUCUCGUUCAGUGCUUUUACCUGCUUUGGUUUUACCCGCUAUAUGUCUUUAGCAUAGUUCUAAGCACAAUCUGGUAUAAUGACAUUGCCAAGUUUGGGUAUGCUGCAAUGGGACGAUCCAAGUUCACAGGAGAGAAAGACUCGAGCCAGAGCAAUUCUCCAACUUCACAAAAUGCUAGUCAUGUAAAAAAACCAGCUGGCCUGGGAGGGGUCAUGAUUGGAAUAGGAGAGCAGGUGUACUCAAUACUCCUUCUGAGUGUUUUCUUUCUUGAGGUCUAUGCAACCGGAUUUAUACCAUACAUAGGGAAGGUACUCAAUUUCUUGCUCCUCGCCUGGAUGUAUGCAUAUUACUGCUUCGAGUAUAAAUGGAAUUUCAAUGAAGUGCCUCUUGAUAAAAGGCUGGACUAUUUUCAAUCUUACUGGCCAUUUUUUGCUGGUUUCGGAAGUCCUUGUGUUUUGGCGAUAUUCUUUUUCUCACCUCUUGUGAGUUACGGGAUUAUGGCUAUUCUUUACCCACUGUUUGUGUUAACUGCAACUGCGUCAAGAGCUGAGCAAGCAAUCUCAUUUGAAAAGCACAAAUGGAGACCUGCAGGAGUGGAAAAGCUUCCAAUAUUUUAUAUUGCUGACAAUGUGUCAAUGUGGAUGUUGUCUCUUUUACCCCUGGAGAAACGGGACCAGAUGCAAGAUAGAAAAGCACAAUAACAACAUUGUUCCGUUGUCAUAACUUAUUGCUGCAAGCAUUAUGUAAUAAGUUGAUGCAGUGGACUACAUACUUGAAGUUAAAGCUACUAACUACAUUGAACCAGAGCCAAACAAAAUCACCAAAGUGAACCACAUUGGAGAAGGGUUUGCAUUUUGGUGGGAGUCCCUCUACCCAAAACAUUGUAGAGAUGAGAUUAUAUGAUGAAUUUAGUGUACAUGCUUCGUAAAUCUUUGUGCAUAAGAACAACCUUGAUUAUCAUAUGUACAGUUGCAUUGUUCUAACGUAUUCAUAUUACCUCCCUAGAUUGCAUUGAAACUCUUGAUACUGCGAUGGAAUACAAUUAUUUGAAACUCGUUCUGUUUCUCA